UUUGAUAAGGUACCACAAAGUCCAAGCCAAUAGAAGAAAAGGCUAAAGCAGAAUAAAAUUAAAAUAAAAAAAUCUGUGCAUAGUUAGUUAGCAUCAGGAGAAAAAAAAAACAAAAAAGAAAAAUGUCUAUGGCAGCUUCAUUCCCAUGCAUCAAAAUCCCAACAUGUUCAUCUUGUACUUCAUCAACUUCAUCCUAUUCUUUGAGGUUCUCUUCUUCCAAGCCUCACAGUGUGAUUAUAAGGAAUUCUCAGGCUGAAGGGCCUCUGAGAAGGCCAGUGGCACCCCCAAUAAGAGAACCAUCAUCAUCAUCAUCAUCAUCAAGUGCCCCUCAGCUUCAGAAGCCAACACUUCCUUCUCAGCCUCCACCAUCCCCUUCAGUGGUGCCUCCCCCACAGAAGCCAGGUAUUGUUGGGGAUGAUAAGAGUGUCAUUACACUAGAGUUUCAGAGGCAAAGGGCUAAGGAGUUGCAGGAAUACUUCAAACAGAAGAAGCUUGAGGAAGCAAAUCAGGGUCCCUUUUUUGGUUUCAUAGGGAAAAAUGAGAUUAACAAUGGAAGAUGGGCAAUGUUUGGUUUUGCUGUUGGGUUGCUGACAGAGUAUGCAACAGGCUCAGACUUUGUUGAUCAAGUAAAGAUCCUUCUAUCGAAUUUUGGGAUAGUAGAUUUGGAAUGAAUAACUCGACAUAAAAUACUACCAAUACUUUCUUGUUCCCGUCCUUGGUGUAAACAAUGUUGAGUAAUUUCUUUCGUAAUUCAUUUAUAGCAUACAAGCUUUCUCUUCAUAUUGAUGGAAAUAUUAAGAAUGUGAUUUUCCUUUCCCUUUAUGCUGAGCUAUCUGGAGAUUGAAAAAAAAUUAUGUGCAUUACAAUUUUAUA